AUGCCAGACGAGAUCAAAGAAGCCCCAGAGGAACCCAUCGACACUCAGGAAGCGGAAGUCGAAGACAAGUACGAAGUCUUCAAACGAGGCGAUGGCCAAGUCGAUUUCCGCACCGUCUCCUGGGUCCGCGCCUCGGUGAUCUUUCUCAAGAUCAUCUUCGCCACGGGCGUUCUCUCCAUCCCUUCAUUGAUGUAUGAGCUGGGCGCCUUGCCAGGCGCCAUCACAGUCGUGGGAUGGAGUCUCUUGAACACGUACUGUGCCCUCGUACAGGGCAACUUCCGUAAUGCCUACCCGGGCUGUCAUUCGAUUGCCGAUAUGGCGCAGGUGGUCGGUGGCCCUUUGGUGAAGGAGCUCGUCGGCGCCUUGUUCACCAUCAGCUAUGUCAUUGUUGCUGCGUCAGGGAUCAUCGGUGUCUCCACGGCAUUCAAUGCCCUAUCUCUCCAUUCCUUCUGUACCGUUUGGUUCUCGUUCAUUGGAACAAUCAUCAUCGCCCUGUGCGCCAGCGUGCGCAAAUUCUCCCAUCUGGGCUGGUUGACCUGGCUCGGUUUUGGGAGCGUCUACGUAGCCGUCUUCAUCAUCGUUAUCGGCGUCACUGUUCGAGAUCGACCAGCCGCAGCCCCUCCAACAGGCGACUUCGAUUUCGGCUACCGAGUCAUCGGAAACCCCGACUUCACAACCGGCAUCACUGCCUCCGCCACCAUCUUCGUCUCCAGUGCCGCAACCUCCGCCUUCCUCCCUGUCAUCUCGGAAAUGCGCAGACCAAAAGACUACCCUAAAGCCGUAUACCUCAGCAUGACCCUCGUAACAGCCUCCUACCUCACAUUCAGUCUCGUGAUCUACGCCUGGUGCGGCAAAUGGAUUGCCUCCCCGUCACUCGGCAGCGCCGGCGAAACCGUCAAGAGAGUCGCGUACGGAAUCGCCCUGCCCGGCCUCAUCAUCAGCGGGUGUCUCUACGUGCACGUCGCAGCCAAGUAUCUUUUUGUGCGAAUUUUGCGCCACUCGCGCCAUCUGCAGGCCAACACGGUCGUGCAUUGGGGAACGUGGUUGUCGUGCACUCUUGGCACGGCUGCGAUCUCGUUUGUCUUGGCGUCGGCAAUUCCCAUUUUCAAUUAUGUGCUGGCAUUGGUGGGCAGUUUGUGCUUUGCGCCCUUGGCUAUCAGCUUACCGGGGUGGCUGUGGAUAUAUAGUCAUCGGGAUUAUUGGCGGGGUAAUUGGGUCCGCGUUGGGCUGUAUGUGUUUCAUGUGUUUCUGGUGCUGCUGGGGCUGUUCAUGGCGGUUGGUGGAACUUAUGGGGUGGUGGUGCAGAUUCACCAGGCGUAUAGUGAUGGGCAGAUAUCGUCGGCCUUUUCGUGCGCUGAUAACAGUUAA